AUGCUCGCACCUCGUGCUGCCACGUGUCAAGUCUGCUUUGACGAGGCCGUCGUCACGCCAUACCGCCUGUCCCACGGUCCUCUGCACGUCUACGUCACUCUCCAAGCCGAGUCGAUGCUGUACGGCGUGCUCGCACAGCUCAAGUGCCCCAUCUGCAUUCGACCGACCAGCUUGGUUCGCUGGCGGCAGCGGCGAGGCAAGACGAACCCGCACCUCCAGCAAUUUGAAACAAAGGUGCAGUCAGCGUGCGACGUCGCAUGCCCGCGCUGCCACACCUACACAUCGAUGCUGCUGCCAGAGAUGACGUGCGACUCGAUCCAGCCACUCACACUGCCAACACACCUCGCACAGCACGUUCCAGAGCUUCCGACGCGCUGCGGCCAGUACCGCCUCUCGACCGACGCGCUCUACGACUACGUUCGUGCCACGUUUCCGGGCCACGACGAUGUCAUUCUGAGCGCCAUUUUGCCACUCAUCCACGACGUCGGAGAGGCGUUCUUCCUUCGCUGGCGCCGCGAUGCGCCGUUCAUCACGUCACCGUGCUGCCAGGCCGCCUUGUGCUUUGUUUGCAAGGUCGGCGUGCCCAAGCUGCACCUCGUCAAGGGCGACGGCUGCGACUCGAUGAACUGCUUUUGUGGCACGGAGUUUUCGUGGGCAAUCCUACUGCGCCGUCAUCUGCCGCAUCUUCGGUGGUCCAUCGUCCAGCGCCAUCUGCCGGCCAGUGAAGCCUACUACCGGUCGCACUUGGCGGCUGCGACAAAGGCUUCGCUGCCCGAUACGCUCGCCCCGUGGCUCGGCGACAACGGCAUCGAGCUCGCGACCGAGGUCACCAACUACGCGUGUCAUUGCAUCUCGGCAGCGAUGAGCAACGUCGCACACCUCUCUCCAUGCCUGCCACCUCGGACGACGUAUCACUUGAGCGACGCCGCCUUUCUGCUGGAUGGGAAUGGCACGCUUCGCGCCGUCUCCUUGCGCUAUCAUGUGUCGCAGAUGGAUCGAUGGACGCCGCCCGUCCACGCACCGCUUCGCACCUUCCUUUCCACCGUGCUGAUGAUGACGGAUACGAUCGGUGACCACAGCCUCAUCGUCGUGUCGCUCCAGCAGCGCGAUGCAUUGAACCUCGCGUUUGUGGACGCCAGAGAUUGCCGGCCGCGCGUUCACAUUGCACUUUAA